AUGGUCCUGACAGGAGAUGACAUAGAUGAGAUGAAACUUCUGCAAAAGCAACUAGCAAGUGAAUUCGAAAUGAACGAUCUAGGAGACUUAAAAUACUUCUUGGGAAUUGAGAUAGCAAGAUCAAAACAAGGUUACACUGACUCUGAUUGGGCUGGAGAUAAAACAACAAGGCAUUCCACAUCAGGCUAUUUCACCUUCGUGGAAGGUAAUUUAGUUACUUGGAAAAGCAAGAAACAGAAAGUAGUAGCAAGAUCAAGUGCAGAAGCUGAAUUUUGA